UCGCAUACGUACGCGAGUACGUCCUGCGCAGUGCCUGCUGGGUUGUCGGGAGGGCGCUCUUCGAGCCAUGGCGAGCGAUUUCUAUCUGCGCUAUUACGUUGGGCACAAGGGCAAGUUCGGCCACGAGUUUCUCGAGUUUGAAUUCCGACCGGACGGUAAACUUAGAUAUGCAAACAACAGUAAUUAUAAAAAUGAUGUCAUGAUCAGAAAAGAAGCUUACGUACAUAAGAGCGUAAUGGAAGAGCUAAAGAGGAUAAUUGAUGACAGUGAAAUUACAAAAGAAGAUGAUGCUUUGUGGCCUCCACCUGACAGAGUUGGUCGGCAGGAGCUUGAAAUUGUAAUUGGUGAUGAACACAUUUCCUUUACCACAUCAAAAAUUGGUUCUCUUAUUGAUGUGAAUCAGUCCAAGGAUCCUGAAGGUCUAAGAGUGUUUUACUACCUUGUCCAGGACCUCAAGUGUCUAGUCUUUAGUCUCAUUGGAUUACACUUUAAGAUUAAGCCAAUUUGAAUUGUAUAAGUUUGUUUGUACUGUAAAGUUUCUUUGGGUGGGUCACUUUCAUUCCUUGUCUCUUAAAUGACUUUUAUGUAUGCCAGUUUUUUUAUGCAGUGAAUCUAAUAAAUGAUUUAAAAAUUCUUUUUA